UGGGAUGUGGAGAUGUCGUAAGGUCGAAAGUUGCGUGUACGUGGGUUUGUUUACAUCGAGUCAACGUGGGACAGAAGUGAGGAUUUCGUCUUCUGUUUUGACUCUUUUAAGGACUCGCAGGCGGACAAAAUGGUGAACGUACCCAAGUCCAGACGUACCUUCUGCAUUAAGUGCAAGAAGCACCAGAAUCACAAGGUGUCGCAAUAUAAGAAGUCCAAGGAGCGCAAGUUUGCCCAGGGCCGUCGUCGUUACGACAGGAAGCAGGCUGGAUAUGGUGGUCAGACAAAGCCUAUCUUCAGAAAGAAGGCCAAGACCACCAAGAAGAUUGUGCUAAAGAUGGAAUGCAACAAGUGCAGAAUCAAGUCCCAGCUCCCCCUCAAGAGAUGCAAGCACUUUGAGCUUGGAGGUGACAAGAAGAGGAAGGGACAGAUGAUCCAGUUCUAAGCUGUGUUUGCCUUUAGUAAAGAAAAAAAAAUCUAAGUUCUUGGGUUUUA